AGCAAGGGGGAGGUAGCCUGCAUACUUUCCACAGGAGGAUGAAGACUGGAAGCAAAACAUCUGGCACACAUCCGAACCCAGAACCACGCCUUCCAAUUGGAAACUUCAUCAUGACCGCAGUGGAAACAACAGUAAACACUACUGCAGAGCUGGAGUAUAUAUAUGACUACAGUCUAUAUUAUGAAGAGCAUGACCAGGACCAAUAUGCACCUUGUGACAAGUCGCAUGUGAGGGCUUUUCAGAGAAUUUUUCUGCCCACAUUGUACUCCAUCCUGACUGUGCUCAGUAUAGCAGGCAAUCUGCUGCUGGCCAUUAUUCUGCUCAAGUGCACCAGGCUGAGGGGUGUUGCAUCUCUGCUCCUUCUCAAUAUGGCCCUUUCCGACAUGCUGUUUGCAGUCACUCUGCCAUUCUGGGCCGUGUCUGCGCACUCCCACUGGCUCUUUGGUUCCGCAGGCUGCAAAACCCUCACUGCCGUUUUCACUCUGAAUCUGUACAGCAGCAUCUUCUUCAUCACUUGCAUGAGUCUUGAGGCCUACCUCUGCGUGGUCUGGGCUUGCAAUGAGCGCACGGCACGAGGCCGGAGGGCCUCAAUGUGUGUUGCCGUGUGGAUCCUCGCCUGUUUGUCAGCUGUACCGAGCCUCGCCUUUGCCACUGUCGAGGAGACAGAUGGAAAGAUGCAGUGCGUGUACAGCUUUGGAGAAGUGCACAUCUCGCCCUGGAGACUUUUCAUGAAGUUCCAGCUGAACAUUUGUGGAUUCCUCCUGCCCUUCCUCGCCAUGUCCUUCUUCUUCCUGCGCAUCCUGUGUGUGAUGCCUAGAUCAGGCAUGAGGAAGAAGUUCAAAGUGCUCUGGCUGGCUCUGCUGCUGCUGGGGGUCUUCUUUCUGUUCUGGUUCCCCUACAACCUGAUGGUCUUCCUGCACUCCCUGCAGGACCUCCAUGUCCUCUCGGACUGCGCCCUGAGCGCUAACCUGGACUUUGCCACGCACUUCACGGAGAGCUUAGCCUUUGUACACGCUUGUCUGAAUCUUCUUAUGUACGCUGCCGUUAACAGGAGGUUUCGGAAUGAGCUCAGCAAGAUACUGAAGAGGAUGUGCCAUCGGGGGAGGGAGUACUCCUUGGAGUGCACAGGAAGCACAAGUCCAAUGUCAGCACCGAGCCCAACAAUAGUGCUGACCACUGUGUGUUAACAUGUUCCUUCUUCCUCCCUGUAGGCCAUCAGGAAGGGCUAGCAAUGAGCCUGGUGCAGUCAAACCCAGGCCCAUUGGCUUCCUGGCUCAAAAGUUCAUCAUGUUGUUCUCCGAUGCCAUUUAUUGCACUGCAGGGUGUUUCUGUGCACCUUGCAUGCCUGCUGCUCACACAGAGACAUUUCACCUGUGUGUCCUUUAUCUGUACAGUACAGUGUGGUCCUGUGCAUUAUUAUUUCUAUGAUUAUUUGUUUUUUUGGCUGACACUGAUAUCCCACUUAUACAGUUGUGUAUUUUGCUGAAAUAAUUCCAGGUAAGUGAAAUUAAUCCAGCAACAUUCUAAUGGAACGGAAAGGCCUGAAGCACUAACUACUCGCUGAUCUCUGUAAUUCAUGCUGUAAACAUACAGUCAUUUCCUUCCCCAUGAAAAAAAAAUUAAAAUGGCCUGUGUGUGUUUCCGAAAACUUGGUUUAUCUAGUCAUUUAGAAUUACCCUGGCCCCUCGCGUUGCAAAUGGUCAAGUUAACAAUGUUUAAUCGGAUUUUCUUCACUUGUCUGUUUUGUAAUUAGUUUAUUGCCCAGCAAACAUCAUUGGUGUUUCCAUCUCCAGGCAUUUGUUGGCAGUAAAGCAAACACAAACAAAUCAGAAGUUUUGGAUAUGUUACGCUCACACUUGCACUGUUUACAGCACACGUCUGCUGUUCCUAAGUGUUUACGAUCAGUAAGGAGAUGAGAAAUGUUGGUUUUUAUUAUGUGUAAAAAGAGUCAACGGUGAGUAUUAAAGAGGAAUCAGAGUAGACAGCUUAUUUCUGUUUUCUGUCAUUUUUAAGGUUGGCGCAAAGAUAGAAAAUGUAAAAAAAAAGUAAUUCAUAUUGCUUCCAGGAGAGGGAGACAGCAACCAAUUCUUAAGUCUUUCCACCCUUUCCAGCUAAAACAGCCAGCUCUCCAAGUUAUGUCGUUACAUACAUUUCUAGUUUAACAUUCAUAAUCUUAAUCAUCUUAAAACAGAUUUACAAAAAUCUGCAGUCCAUACCAAGUCAUUCGGAGAGUUUCACAAAACCACUCACUAAAAUCUUAGUGUCGGCGUCAGUAUAAUUCAGACAGAUAGAGGACGUUUCGUCAAAUCGCUACUAGGUUGAACAUGAAGAGGGAGAGUCAUUCGGUCUGUAAUAGAAACAUCCGUCCUGAGCGAACAAGUAUUUUCCAAAAGCGGUGAACUUACAUAAAAAGAGGCGCUAGUCUGAAGAGCUCUAAUAUCAAACCUAUUGUCAGGCCCCCAACAAUGAGCAAAGCAGCAACACCUGCCGACAAUCAAGGGGACGCAGGAUAAAAGGAGGUCUGCAUCCACACACAGAUGUGGAUUCUUGCAAUUGCCUCGUGCUUUGCAGGAUCAGUGGCCUUGCCAGGUUCCUGACCGUUUGCUUGUUUUUCUUGACCACGACUUAGAUUGCCCCAUUUAUGAUGUUUGCGUGUCUCAGACCUUUGCCUGUCCCUGAUCUUGAGUUCACCUUGUUCCCGGAACCUGAUUACCUGAAUAAAGACUCACCUGCGCUGGGGUCCUCCACUUGCCUGUACCCAGUGUUCCUCCCUGACACCUAUAUUGUUCUUGCUUUGUAAUUCUGUUUCAAGCAUAUGCAUCUGUAGCACGCUGUUGAUAAGAACAGGCAAUAAUUUUGACAUUGACCUUGUACAUGAUCUUCCAUUGAUUGUAGGUAUUUGACUCGGCAGGUUUGCUGGUCAAAUCAAGGUCCUGUUCUUAUGGAAACUGUGCUGUAUAUUCAGUACUUAGAGAUACUGCAAAAUUUUUGACUUAUCUCUUUAAAUAUUCCUUAUUAACCCUUUCCAGGCAGCCAUUGGAAAUUAGCAUUAGAUAGUAAUUAUUUUUCAACUGUCAGUAUUAAUACUGGCCUGAAAAGGUUAAACGACACAUGUCUAUGAUGAGGUAUUCAGUAUGUAUGUAUACAAUUCUAAUGGGUAUAUGUUUCCAGAAGUGCAAGUUAAGAAAUGUGAUUUAUUGAACGGUAUAAAGAUCCCUUGUCAUUCUCAAUAAAC